AUGAGCUUCUUGAAGUACCGUCCCAUGCAACCGGGCCUUUGUAAACGUUGGUUUUGGUCGCUAUGGAUUGUUUCAUGUUUUGUGUACUCAUGCUUAGCUGCUCCCUAUGAUCCGCGUGAAGAGGCCUAUAACCUCAAUCAAAAUAAAACUGCCACGGAUCCCAAAGAUUACUGGGGUGAAUGGGAGAAUCAUGACUUUUACCCUAGUCCAGACAAUUGGCGUUUCCCCAUCUACACAAUUGCUUUAGACAAGUGGGUUGAUGGUGAUCCAACAAACAACGAGGCUAAUGGAACCGUUUUGAAUACGACGUGUUUAGGAAUUAAGGCCAUUUAUCUUGCCGGUACACCUUUUAUUAAUCUUCCUUGGGGAGCAGAUCAGUAUUCUCCUCUUGACUUCACUAUUCUCGAUCAUCAUUUGGGAACAAUUAAUGAUUGGCGUGAGACAGUCGAAGAAAUGCAUAAGAAAGACAUGUACUUAAUUGUUGAUCUUACUGUUGCGACAUUAGCCGACUUAGUCGGUUUUGAAGGUUACCUGAAUACCACAGCACCAUUUACAUUUUUAGAACACAAUGCUGUUUGGAAAAGUUCCUAUAGAUACCCAGACUGGACAUUUGAGAAUGCCUGGGACAGAUACUGUACUCUUCCCGAAUUUUGGGGUGAAAAUGGACAUCCGGUUCAUAUCAAUUGGGUUGGUUGUUAUGCUUCUGACUUUGAUCAGUACGGAGACACAGAAGCUUUUGGUGACCAUCCGGACUACCAGAGACAACUAUCCAAAUUCGCAUCCGUCCAAGAUCGUCUUAGAGAAUGGAAUCCCUCGGUUGCACAAAAAUUAAAACGUUUGUCAUGCUUAGUCAUUUCUAUGCUUGACGUGGAUGGCUUUCGUAUUGAUAAGGCCACGCAAAUGACGGUAGGCUUUUUGGCCGAUUGGGCCGAAAGUGUCCGUGAAUGCGCUAAGAAAUUCAACAAAAACAACUUUUUUAUUCCCGGCGAAGUUACCGGUUCGUCUAGUUACGGUUCGAUCUAUUAUGGAAGAGGUCGCCAACCUGACCAGCGACCUGCAACCAUUGUCGAUGCAUUAAAUGUUACUUGGGACGACAAUCAAUAUUUCCUGAGAAACAAAAGCCAUAAGGCCUUGGAUGCUGCCGCUUUCCACUACUCUAUUUACCGUUCACUUAAUCGUUUCUUGGGUAUGGAUGGUCUUAUGGAAAUUUCAUACGAUCUUCCCGUUGAUUUUGUUGAUGCUUGGCACAAUAUUGCGAUCAAUGAGGAUUGUAUAAAUGCUUACACAGGAAAACCGGAUCCACGCCAUUUGUACGGUGUAUCGAAUUAUGAUGUGUUCCGCUGGGCAUCGGUUGCCAAUGGAACACAGCGUCUUAUCCUGGGAACGAUGAUCACUUUUUUCUUGUUUCCUGGUGCACCGCUGAUUUACUAUGGUGAUGAACAAGGUCUGUAUGUGUUGGAUAAUACUGCUGACAAUUAUCUGUAUGGUCGUCAAGCAAUGACAUCGGCUAUCGCUUGGUACUUGCAUGGUUGUUAUACAGGAAGCUCAUCUACAUAUCCAGCAAUCAAUCUUGAUCCAGCCAGAAAAGGUUGCUAUGAUUCUUGGAAUACCCUGGAUCACUUUGAUUCCUCUAAAGAAGAACGCCAAGUUUACAUGGCGUUACAAAAUAUCAGAAAUCAUUAUCCUGCCGUUGCACAUGGUUGGAAAUCCGAAAAAUUAGGCAAUUGGACUCAUGAUGAAUAUCUACCCAACAGUGGAGUUAAUCCAACUACGAUUGGAUUGUUUAGUGUCGUACGUGGAUCGCUUACUCCAAUUCAAGAUUUAUCUGUCGAUUAUCCUUCGACAAACAAAACAAAGCGCUCCAGCUCAGAUGUUUGGCUGUUGUACAUGAAUCAUAAUACUUCCAAGGAUUUUGUUUUUGAUUGCUCGAGCAGUGAAGCUAUUUUAGCACCUUGGGCAGCUGGCAUAACCAUCAAAAACCUAGUUUAUCCUUAUGACGAGUACACACUCAGUGAAACGGCUCAACAAUUAGGAGAUACCCCAUACUAUCAAGGCUGUCUUCCUAAUCUGACUUUGUCAGCUUUUGCUUUCAAGAUUUUCGUCCCCGUUGAUGAGUACAUUGCUCGCCCACCUACAAUUACAAAGUUUACACCCAGACAUGACGCACGCAUUUUGAACACAGGAAACACAGUGAACAUUAACCUUGAGUUUUCCGAUGCCAUGGAUUGCGAUUCCAUUUACAAUUCCAUCAGUAUUGAAUCAAAAAACAUGGAUAAUGUAAACGCUAGCAUCGACCCUAACUCUAUUUCCUGUCAACCAUUCAGCAACGCAAAGCGUACACUUCUUAAUGGACAACCCGGAAGUUCGUUUGCUUGGACUGCUGCUCUUGUUAACGUUACUGAUGGCGUACACAGGUUGACUGUGAAAAAUGUUAGUAACGCUGAUAAGUCGAUGAGUACUGGAACGACGGAUCAUUUUCUUUUAAGAGUUGGAAAGGCGGAUAAUCCUAUGGUAUUUAAUUCUGCCAAUUACUCAACAACUUUGCUGUUUAUGCAAAAUGAUACACUUUAUAUAAACCAUACGGCUACUGGUGCAGACUUAUUUCGUUACUCCCUUGAUUUUGGUUCGAAUUGGUCUUCAUGGCAAACCUAUUCAGGUGGCAUGACUCCUUGCCAGCCCAUGAAUUGGACAGGAACGAAGCAUCAACGCUGGGGAGGCUACCACGUUAAAGUUCAAUAUUGGAGUAAGCUUACUGGUUCUGCUAAUCAUAUUCAAGAAGGCGACUACGAUUUCCCAUACCCCCGUCGCUUUCCUCAUGUCUAUUUGAACAGUGAAAAUACUCAAUGGGGUUACGAUGCCGAUGAUCGAAACAAAAUGUCUCUAAUGCCCAAUGGAAGCUUUAAAGGCUACUUCAUUUCGGAUUAUUACCCACGAUCUUUGCAGUUUAAUGUUUGGGGUAUUAACUCAAAUGGUAAGCCCGAUCAGUCAUUUAUUUAUGGUGACCCAAGAAACUCAUCUGUAUUGGUCCGUAUGGAUCCUUCAUCAUUGACAAGUGACAUGCUUUAUAUUACGGAUUUCCCCCCUAGUAAAUAUUUAUCGUGGGCUGUCACUUUUGAUCCACAGUCUAGAAGAUAUUACUUUCAUCCCACCGGAUCAUCUCGUGUUUCUUUGGCUAUUUAUAUUUUAAGUGUCUUAGUACCGUUGACGACUGCACUCUUGGCAGUGUUUCUUUUUAAGAUGUUCUUUUAUCAAGUUAAGUUCAAUGACUUUGGAAAGAAGCCUAACGACCAAUUCCACUUUUUCCCCCUUCUAUCGAAGAAGAAAACAGACAUUUUGCCCGAAAAAAAUAUUGCAUCUGAUAUGGGGAAAGCCGUUGUCGCAAGUGAAAAACGCAAGUGUGUUCUACUUGCUACCUUGGAGUAUGACAUUGCCGAUCUCGAUAUCAGAAUUAAGAUUGGAGGGCUCGGUGUUAUGGCUCAGCUAAUGAGUAAACAUUUGACUCAUGAGGACAUCAUCUGGGUUGUUCCUUGUGUCGGCGAUGUCAAUUAUCCAGAGAUGGAAGUUGGUGAACCGAUUAUUUAUGUUCUUCUUGAUGCACCUGUUUUCCGUAGACAAAGUACCAAGGAACCAUACCCUCCUCGUGUGGACGAUUUGAGUUCUGCUAUUUUUUACUCUGCUUGGAAUCAAUGUAUCGCCGCUGUUCUUAAACGCAACCCGGUCGAUAUAUAUCACAUUAACGAUUAUCAUGGGGCGUUAGCUCCAAUUUACCUUCUUCCAGAUGUUAUUCCUGUUGCUAUGUCACUUCACAAUGCUGAGUUUCAAGGUCUGUGGCCCUUGCGCACAGUGGAGGAGAAGGAUGAAGUGUGUUCUGUGUUCAAUAUUCCCGUUGCACUCUGCAACAAAUACGUUCAAUUCGGUUCAGUUUUCAACUUGCUUCAUGCUGGAGCGUCGUACAUUCGUAUUCAUCAAAAAGGAUACGGCGUGGUAGGUGUAUCCAAGAAAUAUGGCAAACGUUCAUGGGCACGUUACCCUAUUUUCUGGGGUUUAAAAAAAAUUGGAAAGCUUCCAAAUCCUGAUCCAUCUGAUGCUGGUGAACAGGCAUUUAACUUAACAGCUGAGUCUAUAGACGAAGCUGAGGCGAAAAAAGCUGCUCAUAAACGACAAGCUCAAGAAUGGGCGCAUCUUGAUGUUGACCCGGACGCAGAUCUUCUUGUUUUUGUUGGUAGAUGGACACUGCAAAAGGGUAUAGAUCUCAUUGCUGAUGUUGCUCCUGCGAUUCUUGAAAAUUACAAGGCACAAAUUAUCGUAAUUGGUCCUGUUAUUGAUCUUUACGGAAAAUUUGCUGCUGAAAAGUUUUCGAAACUAAUGGAAAAAUACCCUGGUAGACUGUUCUCUCGACCUGUAUUCACUCAACUUCCGGGCUACAUCUUCAGCGGUGCCGAUUUUGCCCUGAUUCCCUCAAGAGACGAACCUUUUGGACUAGUAGCUGUCGAAUUUGGCAGAAAGGGUGCUCUUGGUAUCGGUGCUCGAGUUGGCGGUUUGGGUCAAAUGCCCGGUUGGUGGUACACUGUUGAAUCCAAUGCAACCAAACAUUUACUUCAUCAAUUUGAACAAGCUUGUCGCCAAGCUCUUUCUUCUUCGAAGGAGACCCGAGCACGGCUUCGUGCCAUCUCGGCUACUCAACGAUUCCCUGUGUCCGAAUGGGUGGCCCGUCUUGACCUUUUGGUGAACAAUUGUAUUGCCAUAAGUAAAAAAUAUCGCUACUCUAAAUCUCAUUUCCGUUCUUCCGUCUUGUCUUUCGACUUUAAAUCAAAGUCUAAGACACACGUAAAUGAACUGGAGUUUACGAGCUCCAGUACUGAUUUAACAUCGAUUGUGGAAGAUUCUGCACCAGCUGCAGCUGACUCAUUGCCAUCGGAUUCCAAUCAAGAACAACCUUCUUCAUCUAACAGUGCAGAUGCUGCUUCUACUAUUGAUCCCUACCUUGGUCGGCCUACGGGACCAGGACACACUACGAAUUCCGAUGAAGCGACUAGUGUCACUGAAGACAAUUCAGUUAUUGACAGUUCCGCUAGUGAUUUUCCGGAAAGCAUUGAUGAAAGUCGUGAUGCAAUCAAAGCUCGUCUUGCUCAAAUAGGUGCAACAUCCGAGCUGGCAAAUACCAGUUUGGACUCUCUCUACAGUGAAUUUGAUCCACAGCGACCCACAUUAUCUGAACUUAUUGCUGAGGAGGCACAACUCGCACAUCCGCCAGUGGCAGGUUCAGGUGAAGGAUUUGUUCACGUUUCAUCACAGAAAACUCCAGCAUUGGCUACGCCUAAUCUUGGUGAGAGUUCUCAACCCACUCGGCCUUUGUCGAUGCCCCCUAUUGGCAAUGCCCAAACUCCAAAAGCUUUGAAUGAAUCUAGAUUAAGUCUCGCAUCGGUCAUGUCUGCACAACGGGACUUUGCAUUGACCAAGGUCGCGCGGCAGUUUGAUGACGAAGAAGGUCGUGCACUGCACAUCUUUUCUGAAAAACUUAACGACCUCAAUGCUAAGAACUCUAAAGACGAACUCUGCAUUGAGUUAUUUUUGUUGAAGUGCGAAAAAGAUUACUUUGAUGAAAUCAGGAAAUUACAACUGGGUAUCCAAAAGCCCGGAAAACUCAAACUCGUAGACGAAACUCAAAUUGUUGAGUCUAGUCCUAGUUUCCCACCGGCCAAGGCGCAUCUUAACUCAUCAGAUGAUUCUGACGAAGUCGUUGACGUUCCUAUUGACGAACACGUGUACACUGCACCUCGGUUGAAUGAUGAUGGCUAUGUAUACGAAUUCGAGUACUACCAUGGCAUAAGCAAAUUCAUGCAAUACAAAAUAUUUGACUGGCCAGUUUACGCAAUCUUCCUUGCAUUGGGUCAGAUUCUCGCUGCCACCUCAUUCCAGCUGAGUCUUCUUGCUGGGUCUUCAGGUCAGUCUGAGUCACAGUUUUAUAUCGUUAAUGGUUUCUACAUCGGCGCCACACUUGUUUGGUACUACCUAUAUGUCAAUUACCCAAGCGUCUACCCACUGAUUGCGCCAUUCCUAGUCUACGCUGUGGCUUUCUUCCUCAUUGGAAUUGCUUCAUUUAGCUCCAUUGGCGACGGCCGUGUAUGGAUCGCUCGAGUCGGCACUUGGAUUUACUCAAUUGGAUCAGGAAGCCAAGCACUGUUUUUCUCGUUGAACUUUGGAGAUGAUGGAAGUUACGACAUUGUGUACUGGGUCUUCCGCGCUUGCCUUGUUCAAGGAACACAGCAGAUUUGGGCAGCUGCCUUGUGGUAUUGGGGAUCAUAUGCCUCAUCGGAUACUACUUCUACAGGAAAGACCGUCUUACAUACUGUUCAAUGGAUGCCCGGUCUUGUUUGGCCCAUAUCUAUACUUUUAGGUGCUGUAGCCUAUUUACUUUAUCGCGGCUUACCAUCUUAUUACCGCCAACUUCCCGGUAAAAUGCCAGCAUUCUAUCACUCCAUUAUGCGGCGCCGUCUUAUCAUAUGGUUUUUCAUCGCAAAUGUGUUGCAGAAUUACUGGAUGGCAUCCAUGUAUGGUCGUUCAUGGAGCUUUAUGUGGGCUUCACCAAAGGCUAAAAAAUGGGCAAUUUUCCUCUUAAUUUUGCUGUUUUAUAUCGGUAUAUGGGUUGUUGUUAUGUCAUUAUUGGCUAUGCUAUCGAACAAGCAUUCAUGGUUUAUUCCCAUUUUCGGCUUAGGCCUUGGCGCCCCAAGAUGGCUCCAGACGCUUUGGGGCACCUCAAACAUCGGCAUUCACUUGCCUUACUUUAAGUCAGCCGCUCCGUACAUGUCACGAAUGCUUUGGUUGUGGCUUGGACUUCUCGACUCUGUCCAAGGUAUCGGCAUCGGUUUAAUCCUGUUGCAAACUCUUACUCGUCGACAUAUUACGAUUGCGCUAAUGAUCGGUCAAAUUAUAGGUGCCGCAGCAAGUAUGAUAGGUCGUGCUUCGUCACCUGACAGAGUUGGUCCCUCUAAUACCUUUGUGGACUUCUCGUACUGGGAACCAGGUAAAGGCUCUAGCAUACUUCACAGUGCCCCGUUUUGGGUGUGCUUGUUUUGCCAACUCGUUGUCAUUGUUGGUUAUUUCAUGUUCUUUAGACGGGAGAAUCUGAAUCGUCCUUAG